AUGUCUGAACCGAUACCAGAAGCAAUCCCAACCUCAGCAGACAAACACUCUCGGCGACCCAUCAAACGUCUAAAAGCCAACUCUACACCAGUCGCGGCUCAAGCUAAUGAGAUCGACAACCUCAUGUGGGACCCUGAACGUCCCGUCGAUAUCCCGCUCCUCUCAUCAGAAACCAAAUCUAAACUCGCGCCUCCACCUGAGAUCGUUACAAAUGUCCAGGGAAGUUCUGCAGGUGCAGGAUCGGGCGAGUUCCAUGUAUACAAGGCGAGUCGAAGGAGGGAGAACGAGAGGCUGAGGGCUAUGGAUGAGGAGGCGGAGAAAGAGGUUGAGGAUGAUAAGUGGGUGAGGGAGCAGGAGGAGAAGAGGCGCAGGGAUGAGGAGAAGACUGCGAAGAAGAGAGCGCAGAGGAGUAGGAGGAAGAAUAAAGGGGAUAAGAAGGACAACGACUAUAGAGUGGAGGAUGGCGAUGUUGAGGCGAGUACGAAGGGCGGUGCUGUCAAGAAGCCGUUGCAGAUACCUAAGCGCGAUGAAUCAAACAAAGACGACACGGCAGCUGGGACGGUCGAGGAGGCGCAGAAUGGAAUUACAAUACACGACGAUGAUUGA